UGAUCAGUUUAUAUAAUGGUUUCAACAUUUUGGCUAACACGAGUCAAUAAACGAUGAUUAUGUUGGAAAAACAACUGGUUCUUGUGUUGAUACUACUUUGCCGUGUUCCUUUUCAUGUCAAAAAUUGUCUUGGAUUAGAAGAUGGAAUCACCAGAUCUCAAUUCCCAAAAGGGUUCCUCUUCGGAGCAUGCACUUCCUCCUACCAGAUUGAGGGAGCACCUCGUGAAGAUGGCAAGGGUUUGAGCAACUGGGAUGUUUUCAGUCAUAUUCCAGGAAAGACAAGCAAUGAUGAGAAUGGUGACAUUGCAGAUGAUCACUAUCAUCUGUUUUUGGAAGACAUCAAGUUGAUGUCCUCUCUUGGGAUAAACGUGUAUCGAUUUUCUAUUUCAUGGGCAAGGAUUCUACCUAGAGGGAUAUAUGGGGACAUAAAUCCAGGUGGAAUAAAGUUCUACAAUAAAAUCAUAGACAAUCUGCUGCUUAGAGGGAUUGAGCCAUUUGUGACAAUUCACCAUCAUGACUUGCCACAAGAACUGGAAGAAAAAUAUGGUGGUUGGCUUAGUCCCCUGAUACAGAGAGAUUUUGUGUAUUUUGCUGAGAUUUGUUUCAAGAGCUUUGGAGACAGGGUUAAGUACUGGACUACCAUCAAUGAACCAAACCUAGUUGCAGACUUUGGCUUUAUAAGAGGAACAUAUCCCCCUGGUCACUGCUCCCCACCUUUUGGAAAUUGUUCUACUGGUAACUCUGAUGUUGAGCCUCUCAUUGCCAUGCACAAUAUGUUACUUUCACAUGCCAAGGCUGUUGAGUUGUACCGAAAGCAUUUUCAGGAAAAGCAAGGCGGAAUCAUUGGCAUUGUUGCUCAUACCUUCAUGUAUGAACCUCUUAGAGAUGAAGAAUGUGAUACACAAGCUGUGAAAAGAGUCUUGUCUUUUGUUGUAUCAUGGUGCUUAGAUCCCUUGGUUUUUGGUGAGUACCCUGCUGAAAUGCGUUCUAUUCUUGGGAACCAGUUGCCAAGAUUCUCUCCUGAGGAGAAGAAUCUCAUAAAAGGAAGCUUAGACUUCAUUGGCAUCAAUAACUAUGGAACUCUUUAUGCCAAGGACUGCUCCCUCACUGCUUGUCCUUUAGGAACAGAUCGUCCAAUAAGAGGCUUUGUAGAAACAAUCGGAAUAAGAGAUGGCAUUCCUAUUGGUGAUGAGACAGGAAACCCAAGGUUCUUUGUGGUUCCAAGGGGCUUGGAGAAGAUUGUAGACUACAUCAAGAUAAGAUACCAUAACAGGCCCAUGUAUAUUACAGAAAAUGGAUAUUCAUCACCACCAAAACCAGAUAUGACAAUAAAUGAUCUACUGCAAGAUUUCAAACGAGUAGAUUAUCAUAAAGCUUACCUUGCAGCCCUGCUUAGAGCCAUAAGGAAAGGUGCUGAUGUAAGAGGAUAUAUGAUAUGGUCAUUGAUGGACAACUUUGAAUGGGCAAGUGGCUAUGAAGUCAAAUAUGGUCUUUAUUAUGUGGAUAGAGAUACUCUUGAACGGAUUCCCAAGCUUUCUGUUCAAUGGUUUUCAAGUUUCCUCAACAACACUGCCAACACUGAUGAACAAGACUUGAGUGAGCAAUAUGUUAGAAGCCAAGAUGCAAUGACUGCUGGUUUCAAAGUUAUUUGAACUAGCUGAAUACUAGCAACAUACUCUUUAGCAUAUUUCAUUGUUGGUUGAAAUUUUCUGAUAAGACUUAAAUGUCAGACAAGACUUAAAUUAAU